UGGUGCAGACGGUCUAGCCACCUCCGGCCGGUCAGCUGUGUGUCUUCAUCUCCUCCUCCUCCUCACCACACGGAGUCCAUACUGACGUCUGCACCCUCGGAGGUCGGAGAGAAACACGCUGCCAGUAUCACCAGUAUCACCAGUAUCAAACCACCGCCGACAUGUCGCUCACCGACGAUCCCAACUACCGGAAGCUGGAGCAGUGGUACAAAGCUAACGCCGGCGGCCUCAGCAUGAGGGACAUGUUCGAGUCCGACAAGGACAGGUUCAACACGUUCAGCACCACUCUGGGGACAGACGAUGGAGACAUCCUGCUGGACUACUCCAAGAACCUCAUCAACCAGGAAGUGAUGGACAUGCUGCUCGCCAUGGCCAAGUCCAGGGGAGUGGAGGAAGCCAGAGACAAGAUGUUCUCUGGAGAGAAAAUCAACUUCACCGAGGGCCGUGCUGUGCUUCACGUCGCUCUGAGAAACCGCUCCAACGCGCCCAUCACCGUGGACGGGACAGACGUGAUGCCAGAGGUCAACCGCGUGCUGGACAAGAUGAAGGCUUUCUGCCACAGAGUGCGUAGCGGCGAGUGGAAAGGCUUCAGCGGGAAGAGCAUCACGGACGUGGUCAACAUCGGCAUCGGAGGCUCCGACCUGGGCCCUCUGAUGGUGACCGAGGCUCUGAAGCCGUACUCGGCCGGCGGGCCCAACGUCUGGUUCGUCUCCAACAUCGACGGGACUCACAUGGCCAAAACCCUCGCUCAGCUCAACGCAGAGAGCACGCUGUUCAUCAUCGCCUCCAAGACGUUCACCACUCAGGAGACCAUCACCAACGCUGAGUCGGCCAGGGAUUGGUUCCUCCAGACAGCCAAUGAUAAAUCUGCUGUCGCCAAACACUUCGUGGCUCUGUCCACCAACGCAGUCAAAGUGAAGGCUUUUGGCAUCGACCCAGCGAACAUGUUUGAGUUCUGGGAUUGGGUCGGCGGGCGUUACUCUCUGUGGUCGGCCAUCGGUCUGUCCAUCGCUCUGCACAUCGGUUUUGAGAACUUUGAGCAGCUUCUGGCCGGAGCCCACUGGAUGGACAACCAUUUCCGUAGCGCCCCCCUGCAGCAGAACGUCCCCGUCCUCCUCGCCGUUCUGGGCGUGUGGUACAUCAACUUCUUCCAGGCCGAGACGCACGCCAUGCUGCCCUACGACCAGUACAUGCACCGCUUCGCUGCAUACUUCCAGCAGGGCGACAUGGAGUCUAAUGGGAAGUACAUCACCAAAGACGGCGUCCGAGUCAACCACCACACCGGACCAAUCGUGUGGGGCGAACCGGGGACCAAUGGACAGCACGCCUUCUACCAGCUGAUCCACCAAGGAACUCGAAUGAUUCCCGCUGACUUCCUCAUUCCUGCUCAGUCUCAGCAUCCAAUCAGAGACAACCUCCACCACAAGAUCCUGGCGGCUAACUUCCUGGCUCAGACCGAGGCUCUGAUGAGAGGAAAGACUUCAGACGAGGCUCGGAGAGAGCUGGAGGAGGCUGGAGUCAAGGGAGACGCUCUGCAGAAGCUGCUGCCGCACAAAGUUUUUGAAGGAAACAAGCCCAGCAACUCCAUCGUCUUCAAGAAGCUGAGCCCGUUCAUACUGGGAGCUCUGGUCGCGAUGUACGAGCACAAGAUCUUUGUGCAGGGCGUGAUGUGGAACAUCAACAGCUACGACCAGUGGGGCGUGGAACUUGGGAAGCAGCUGGCGAAGAAGAUUGAGCCGGAGCUGCAGGACGGAGCGUCCGUCAGCUCUCACGACUCGUCCACCAACGGUCUCAUCAACUUCCUCAAGAAGAACUUCGCCUGAAGCUCCACCUCUCCUCCUCCUCUCUUUUCCUCCCGCCCCGUCCCUGUGCUCCUCUCUGAUUGGCCGAGCUCUGUAGACGUGCUGCUUCUAUCCGGAGGACGAAGGGGACCGUGCACCUUUUCCUGAGCGUUUGCUGACUUUCAAAAUAAAAGUCCUGUUUGUCACUGAAUCUUUGAGUCAGGUUCUGAUUGGACGGAUUAAAGGGGAUUAAACUUCCUGUUGUGUUGCGGGUUGUGUGCAAAAAAUCUUCGUUUGUAUCUUAAUUUGUCCUUAAACAUCAUUUCCUGUCUCUAGAUCCACAUUCCACAAUAAAUGUCCUGUUUGUCAC